AUGUCGCUGUUGGGAAUCUCAUUGAAGGUUCCCAGACUUUAUAAUAGAAUAUCAAUACGACAGGGACCGAACAUUUGCCUGGGUUGUAUAGAAAAUAUAAGAUCCUUUACUACGCGGAUCCGAGUAAUCGCAUCAGAAGACACAGUUAAUAGUAGUAAAGACGUUAGGAGUCAAGAAAUUGCUGGUUGGAUAAAACAAUCGCUAUUUGAACAUAACCCAAUACAAAAAUCUUCUCAAUGUGGUUCUUCAGGUAACCCCACAAAGACAACCAAUACUGUUGACAAAAAACAGUGGGAGAAAAAGUGGAAAGUAAGGUUUCAGAAUGGAAGGAUACAGUGUGUUAACGAUGUAAUAAUACUCAAAAAAAAGGGACUAGCACUUUUUACAACAUCCCAGUUGUUAGUCCUGCUAACUAGUUUAUCAAAAUUACAAUUAUUCUAUGAUAUUGAUAGAGUAUACCAAGUAUAUCGAUCUGAACUGGAAAAUGCAGAAACCUCCAUGAAUGACAAGCAAGAGUUAUUUGAGCUUUUGAAGAUAAUGAUCCUAACGGAAUCACGUUUGCAUAAUUACGAUGUGGUAGCGUUGUUUUUUCGGAAGUAUAUCAAGCAACCAAAUUUACAUCCCACAUAUAUUAAUAUGGGUCUUAAAGCACUACUCGAAAAUAAUGAUUUCAUAACAGCGAGACAAUUCUUUGAGCACAUGCUCAAUAAUCAGGAUGUAUUCCCAGUAACACACCGAACAUUACAAAUACUUCUAACCUAUAUCAACCAUUCAGAUGAUCUAUUAGCAUUGAAGACUGUCUUCGAAUCAUGGUUACAGAAAGGACCUUCUCUUCCAAAUAAGGACAGCAUUUCUCUUGUACAUAAACAGUUCCUUAAAUUUGAUGAAGAGAAUUCGAAUAAAUACUGGAGACUAUUAUUGUCACAUCCUAGAUUGCAGGAAACCAAGUAUGAAAAAAGCGAUCGAUACGCUAUACUAGAGUUGAUGCGUAAAUUCAAGAAUAAUUUGGCUGGUAUGGAAGAGGUGAACACCUUGUUGAAAAAUAUCAGUCCUGAGGAGAAAUCAUAUUUAUAUUGGCAAGUAUUAGAUCGAUAUGUGGAGCAAGAUAACUAUGAAAUGUUAAAGUUAACCAUGGACCAAAUAAAGGAUGAUCCUGAAGUCACUGUGGAUCAACAUCACCAUGCAAGCAUGUUAAAGUAUUUUGCUAAAACAGGUUCACUAGGUGAUUUUAUUAAUUAUGUGAAAAUGGUUCGGCAAAGUUCUCCUGAAAGCUUAACUUUUAACCCAUUCCUAUUCUUCCAGCUUUGGGAGUGUGCCUUCCAGGCACAUCCUGUACUCCGAGAAAACAUGGAGAAGAAGAUGAAAAAAUUGUGUAAUCAUGAAUGGUACAAAAGAACUUACCCAUGGCUUGUAAAAUCUGUGGAAUCGCAAGUUUUCAAGCGAACUGAAACUACUUCUGGUGAUGAUACUUUUUCAAGACAGAAUGAAAAACGGGUUGACACCAAGCUUUUAAAGCGAUUACAAAAUAUUUUGAGAGGACGUCGGUAUCGUCGUGCAAAGUCGAUAAUAUUAGAUCAAGCUAGAUUGGGCAUACGGCCUAAUUUCCCUUUCUAUUAUACGUUAAAGAAAUUCUGUGUCAAUAACGGGCAUCUGCCGAUGAGUAAUAUGUUGGACAACACCCUUAGAAGCACCUAUAGAAUAAUUCCGGUCAAGGUAUCAAUUUUGAAUUUGCGGCAUAAUCUAUACAGGUUGGCAUAUCAGCUGCGGAAAACAAAUCAGAGCAUAGAAGUGGUAAGACAGUCGAGCUUGAAGCUUAUUGAUAGUUUUGUCAAACAUCAUUCAGAAAAACUCAAUUUCCAAAACUAUUUACAACUUGGUAUGCUUGCAUCUAGAUAUCAGGGUCGCUAUCUAUGUGACAAAAUGUACUCCAAGGCAAUCCAGUGUCGGGAUCCAUCGGAUGCGCGAGCCACAUACAUGUUAUACCGAUCAUUAUUAGCAUACUUCGUGAGAUCGGAGGAGCCAAAAAAGUAUCUUUCCACUCUACGGAAACUUAAUAAGGAACCGCACGUCAUAUUAACCAAAUAUUUAUUGAACACAGUAAAAUACAACAUUGCUUACUUUGACAGGAAAAGUAGUGAUAAUACAGAUGCAAUGUUGAUAGAAUUCGUUAAACUACGCGAGAGAUAUGCAUUCAUUAAACUUGAAGGGCUUGAUGCCAUCAAGGAAUUAAUGACCUUUUUGAAAGCAUGGUUAAGUCAUGAAUCUCUUAAACAGAAGAAGUUAACUCACCGGAAACAGCUAGAAUUGAGAAAGCGCUCCAAAACUCCUUCUUCCUAA